CGCCGAUCCGCCGCAACCGCGUCGUCCGUCCCCCCGUUCGGUCGCCGCCCUCUUUCCCGCCUCCCUUCUCGGCCUCCGUCCUCCUCCGCGUCCGCGGCCUCCUCCUCGUGCUUCAUGUCUGCGCUCUUCAACUUCCACUCGUUUGUGACGGUGGUGCUGCUGCUGAUCUGCACUUGCACGUACCUCAAGAUGCACUUCCCCUCCCUCCUCAUCCGCCGGACAGGGUUCCGUGGUUUCUUUUGGAAGGCUGCUAGGAUAGGUGAACGCCUUAGCCCCUGGGUAGCCAUUGGGUGCUCUGUGAUGGGCAUAUCAAUUUUAUUUUGGUGAAAUUGGAAGAUUUGUAUGGCCUUCUUUGCUUACGAUUACUCCAUUAAGAGAAGCAUCAGAAUUUUGCAGUUACAGUCUGAUUCUUCGAGAUGUCGCAUGCUUGUAAUCUUGUAGCUGUGGUGUAUUAUUGUGCUAUGUUAUGCAUUUUGACUAUUGGGCACCAUCAUGUUAUGUUGUUUUAUUGUAUUGUCAGCAUGCUAACAAAUGUGGCUUGGAUAUUCAGGUAACCCGUUAUUUUAUUUUAUUGUUUGAUGUAUAAGAAGCAUUGUAGCAAGCUUUUGAUUU